GAGCGCGUGCCCUGGAACGAGAUCUUCGACGCUCCGGCCCACGGCGACGAGCCCGAGUUCGAGGGGGGCGCGCACUACAUGGGGGACCCCCUGGGGACCGACGCCGAUUCCUACGGCAUGACCCUCGACGACGAGCAGGCCCCCGGUCCUGCCAACACUCACCCCACUACAGGGCGGCGUCAGACUGGGAAGCGCAGUGGACGUCUUGGCUAUCGCCCCGAGGGCUCGGCCGAGGAGGAGACCCCGGGGCCCCAGCCCGAUUUUGACGCUUCGGGCCCCGACGAGUCGGCCGAUCCAGAGGCGAAGCGACCGCGCUUUGCUUCAGAGCCCGAGGUUGAGAUUCCAGUGGAGACGCGGCCAGCGCAGCCACGGCAGCAAAAUCCCGACCCAAUCUCGGUGGGGCCCGAGACGCCUCUCGAGCAGCCGAUGUUCGACCGAGAGCAGUUCCAGACCCCAUGGGCUCAUCGGGGCGUUCCCGACCUUGUCGAGGACCUCGACGCAGACGAGGAGCAGGAGACGCCGCGCGCGGAACAACAUCAGGCGUCCGCACCGGAGCCAGAGACUCCCGUCGUGGAGGAGCUUCGUCGGCUGCGGCGACUUCGCUGCGACCCACUCGACGACGUACCUACCAGCAUUCGGCAGAACCUCCAGGCGAGGGGGAGCUCCACGACCUACGACCCCCUCGACGACGUGCCGCACAGCAUCCGAAGAUCGCUUCAAGACCGACAGAUCACCAAGAAGCCCAGGGUUGACGAGCACCUGAUCAUGGGGCUCUCACUGAAGGAGUCGGUCGACUUCGAUUGCUCUAUCCUUUACUCGACCAGGUUCAGGCGCGUGGACCUCGUGGGCAAGUCGAGGGGCAAGGAGCUGAUCUUCAGGAACCUGACGGGCGGCAACCAUGUCAAGUUGCGGAAGGCUAUGGCUUCAGAGUGGGACAAGUGGCUGGCGUUCCACGCAGCGCGGUGCUGUUCCAAGGAGGAGCUCGCCCAUCUCAAGCGCAAGCGGCCACAGCUCAAG